AUGCCGCCAACAAGUCAAACUCCUCGCACGCGCCGCCAUCGGUCUGCUGUUGCGUGCCAGGCGUGUCGCCAGCGGAAAGUGCGCUGCAGCUUGACUGUCACUGGUGUACCUUGUGCUGGCUGUACCCAGGAUGGUUCUGAGUGUGUUGUGGAUAUGGACCGGGCAAAACUGUUAGAAGAAUUCAACCCAUACUGUUUUGUCCGCGAUGCUAAUGAGGACAAUUCUGUCAACAGCCCCAAACAGCUCAACCAGCUAACGCCACGGCGUGCUCGCCGGGUACAGAGUCAGCCAAUUGGCUCAAACUUCAUGCCUGGCCUUAGCCAAGAUCCCUCAUUCACCGGGGCGACCGGUUCCGACGAUUUGCCCGCUGUUCAUGUCCAAUCGGCACAGGAUGUGCUUGAUGAGAAUAGCGUUUCCGAUCCUAGGUUUCCAAAUAUCGAAGAUGAGGAGCGCAACGGACGUGAGAUCGUUUCGGCCGCGUUGGGCCAACCAGAAAGAACUGGGGAGGUACCCUAUUAUACCGGAGAAUGGACUGGUCCAACCUCGGCUCUCGAUAUUUGCUCACCCGGCCAGUCUCUACCAAAGCAUUUCCUUAUUCCAUCCCACAGAAAAAGCCUAUCUGAUGAGGACCGUGAUUUUCUUAGCAGGAAAGGAGUUUUCACACUACCUGGCAAACGCGCCUGUGAUGGCAUGAUUGAGGCAUAUCUCCUCAAUGUGCAUCCCAUACUUCCGGUGGUAGAAGCCGACGUGCUUUUACAGUAUCAUUCCGCUGGGAGGCUACAGGAUUACAACAUAUUACUCCUCUGGAGCCUGUUCUUUGUCGGGGUCAAUUUUAUCCCCACAAGCAUCUGCGAGGAGGAAGGUUUCGCAUCAAAAAGGGCAAUGAGGUUUGAAAUGUACUCUCGAGCAAAAUGCAUGUACAACAAUGGCAAUGAAAGGAGUAAUAUUGUUCUAUUACAGUCGUCGCUACUCAUGGGAUUCUGGCACUCGGACAUAGAAGAACAUACCACACCAUGGUAUUGGACGGGCAUUGCAAUAAGCCUUUGUCAGAUUCUUGGCCUGCAUCGAGACCCUGGCACAUCGAGUUACAACUCUUCCAUUACGGACCGACAGAGGUUUUUCUGGCGGCGACUUUGGUGGUGCUGCCUCUUUCGAGAUCGUUGGCUCGGCCUUACCCUGGGAAGACCCCUGCGCAUCAAUCUUGAUGACUGCGAUAUUCCCAUGCCCUCAGUUGGAGACAUGCUGUUCGACAGUGGCGUUUUAAGAGAGACAAAUCAUGUUCCCAUCGCUCUAGGCGACAUACAACGAUUGGCAGAAUACUGGAUUAUUCUUAUUGAACUCAGCUGUCAUCUUGGCAGAAUAUUGGCCAUGAAUUACAGGCUUGUGCGGACCAAACCAUCGUUACAUGAAGUUGAAACGCUCGAGAAACAACUGCUACAAAUCAGACUGCCAGACCAGUACGAGAGUUGUUUGACGCCAAGCUCGAGGUUUCAUGCAAACCAUGUCCAUUUGCAUUACCGGGCGAUGCUGAUUACUUUCUACCGGCCCUGGUGCAUGGAGCUCCCCAGCGACAUCAGUUCCUCAGCUGGUAAAGAAUGGCAGCAUCGAAUGAGACUGAGAGCGGACGCAGCAGCGUCUCAAACCAACGAGAUACUUGACGCACUAGUUCAAGAUAAUCUCUUGGGAUUUGCCGGUCCUAUGACUCCUCCACUUCUCGUCCCAGCAAUGCAAGUGCAUUUGCUUCAUUGCAAGACUGGGGACAUACUUUCUAAGCGGGUCCGACUCAACAAGCUCGAAAUGUGCAUGCUGGUCAUGGAGGAGCUUCAGAAAACAUACACGGUCGGCUCGAUCUACCGCGCGAUAUUCACCAAGGCCAUUCAGCUGAUCUUUCCGGGAUACUCUGCGCCUCGAGCGCCUUUUAGCCCACCCUCGGUUUCUAAGACUACAGUGCAGCCUGAAAGCUCGCCUGUGGAAGCUGAGGCCCCGGAUUAUAGUCAACUUGGUGAUGGCGCAUUCGGGAAUGUGGGUGAUGGAGAACUGAUGAAUGCACUGAUGGAUGAAGCUUCCAUCUUUAGUUUUUGGGAGACUUGGAAUCAAUUAUGA